AUGGGAUGCGCAGAGUCUAUGAGCGAUACUCCAAUAAAGCCAUCUGCUGAUAUUCGAAAGGGUGUUCAGAACCAUUAUAGCUCUGACACUUAUAGAAUUAAAGAUGCAACAGGAAUUAAGCUAAAUUUCGAAUCUGGCAAAAUUGGCGGAAGGGCUUUUGAAGCUAUCAACCUCUCUAGCUGUGCUGUUUAUAUAAGUGAUAUAGUAGAUAGAAUAACGAUAACCAAUUGCACUCACUGCACCUUUGCCUUGGCAACAAUUCGGAAUACAAUUCAAGUCAUCGACUGCGAUGACUGCCAAUUUACAGCUGUAUGCAGACAGUUUAGAAUAAGGGACUCUAAAAACUGUGAUGUGUUCCUCCACACAAAGCAGAAAAGCAUUAUCGAAAAGUCAACAUCAAUUACAUUUGGCUGCGGAAACUAUUCUUACAGAAAUAUUAUUGAGCAAAUGGAAAUGGUUCACCUUGAUCCUUAUAUUAAUAUGUUCCAUCAAGUCAGUGAUAUCACUCCAGGAUUAUCCAAAUACCAAGUUAAGGAAGGCGAGAAAUCAUCAAUUCCAUCAUUAGAUGGAUCAUGUUUACUUCCGUUCUUCUACCCACCAACAGAUAAUUUUGAUUCUGUUGAUUUUAACGAAGGAGAUUGGGAAAAAUUAACGCGAAAUUCCUUAGAAGAUGGAAUUCAACUGUACAACAUCCGCAAAUCCGGCAGAAUUAUUACUGCCAGAUAUCGAGAAAAUGCCAAGCCACAGAGUAGUACAAUUUCUGCACAAUCUUAA